AUGCUUGAGCGGAUCCAUCGGCUCGAGGCGCGCGAUGCCGGGGCUACACACAGUCCUGUUCCGAGUACGGAGUCGCCGGACCUGGCCAACGACGUGCGACAGUUGGAGACGAAGUUGAAUGCGUGGCGCGAGCAGUCGGUACUGAAGCAGGGUGCUGAGGAGGACCUUCUUCGUCUCCGCCUUGAUUCUUUAGAAAAUGACGUUCGCGCCUGCUUGCAGCCGAAGGACUUGGAUGCCGAACGCCAGGCCUUACAGGAGCUCCGAAAGCAGUGCGAGAGCGCGGUGUCCGACGAGGGCCGCGUGCAGUAUGCCGCUCUUCAUUCCAAGCUGGCCGAAGCUGCGGACCAGCUGCGAGGAUUGUUGCAGGCUCACAGCUCUGCCUUCGAGGAGCGUCUCCGGAUCUGUGAGUCUCGGCUGACGGCUGGCGCAAUGACUCCUCCGCAGGCAGCCUCGGAAGCCUCAGAGCCCCGUGAGGAGUCAAGGCGUCCAGGCUCCACGGGAUCUGGUGCCGGUGCGGCAGGUGGAGCCUCGCUCGAGUCGCGGGUGGCGCGCCUCGAGCGCAACAUGAAGGCAGCAGCCCUGGGGCCGCCAGCGUCCGAUGGUCGGCGCUUAGAGGAGGUCGCCACACAUGCCUUGCAGGCGCAGCAAGAGGUGCAACGCCUUGUGCAGCGCUCCCAAGCGAUCGAGUCGCGGCUUUCGGCGCUGGACGGGCUGGCAGCAUCGGUUGCUGCGGGCGGGGAUGGUGCCUCAGCGGCCGCCGUGGAGGCCCUCGAGCGUCGGCUCGAGCAGCACAUGGAAGAGAAGCUGGUCCCGCUGCGGGAGCAGCUGUCAGAUCUCGAGGCCCCGACGAAGAUCACAUCGGAGGAGAAGAUGGACAGAGGUUUGCUCGAGGAAGUCCACCACGACCUUCUCUUCGGUUCGCCCGCAUCGCCAAGCGCUGCAACUGCAGAGGUGCCGGCCCUGAACGCCGCACGCGAGGCGGUUGCCUCGGCUUCGGCUCCACUAACGCGUGACCGCACUUCGUCUGAAGUCUCCUCGCUUCACACCAAGCUGCGGGCUCUUGCAGCACAGCAGGACGAUCGAGCGCUUCGCCUUGAGCAGGAGAUGAAGCUGCUCCAACAGAAGCUUCUCGAGAGUGCUGCAGCACAAGCGACAGCUGCUAGCGGAGGAUCUGGCGCCGAAGCGUCAGCACUGGGCGCCACCCUCUCGAGUCAUGAUGAGGAGCUGAAGAAACUGGCAGCGAGCAUCCAGGGGCUUCAGGCGGCUGCUGACUCUGCCCGACACACGGCGCCUACGGCCCAUAGCAACUUGCAGGCCCCGGCAGAGUUGCCAUCCUCAGCGUUGCCAUCCGCCGCUUCUGCUCCGGCAGUUGCGGCAGCUGCGGCUUCCGACGCCAAAGUUGAGGCCCGCCUGGAUGCGCUGCAACGUCAGCUUGAGGCACAGGCGGCCAAGGUCGCUUCCUUCGCUGCGGGGACGACGUCGGGGACGACCUCGGCGGGGACGGCAGGGGAAGGAUCGCUACCAAGUGCGGAGGAAGUCGCGGGGGAUUCUUCCCUGCAGGCCUCAACAGCCGCCAUCGAAGCAAGGGCGGGAGAGGCUCUCCAACGUGUGGCAGAGGCAGAGAGGCGCAUUUUCAAACUGGCCGAGGAGGUGGCGACCCUCGCUGAGGCUCACAGCGCUCAGGCGCCGCUUGGUGCAGAGGAUGCGCUGGUGGCAAAAGACCUCCUGGAGGCCCUUGCACCAGCCGACGGCGCCGACUCCGCCGACUCCGCCGGCGCCGCAGAUGCGGGGGAGCUGCCGCAGGCUUCGGAUCCAGAGUCAGGCGCCCGCGAAGCGCGGGAAAGCGCCCUACGAGGCCUCGACGCUCUGCUCGAGCGCCUGGGCGGUCUUGAAGCCAAGGUAUCGAGCCACGCAGAGUCCAUGCAACGCCUUCGGCAACGAAUGGAAAGCAGCGAGAGCAAGGCCUCCAGCCAGGCGACUGCCCUCGCGGAGCUCUCGGCGGUCCUCGCACGCCAGGCCGCGUCGCCGCUCGAUGGCCCUCUGGCCAGCGGAGAGGACUUGCAAGUCUCGCAGGCGGAGGCAGAAGCCAACGUGCAGCAGGACCUGGACCCACACGAAACAUCGCGCGAGCUGCAGCAAGCGCCUGGUGCUGCUGCGGAGGCGCCGCUCGCAGCUUCACACGAAGGGUUCGCUCGGCUGCUUGCCCUGGAAGACAAGGUGGCAGCUCUCAGCAACAGCCAUCAAGAGGUUCAGCAGGUGGUGCAGUCGGUGAGUGCCUUGCAAGCACAGGCAGUCGACCGACCCCCAGUGGAAGAUGUUCAGGUUGACGGAACUGGGGAGGGGAAGGAGAACUCCGGCGUGAUGCAGGCUCUUCGCGAUGAGGUCCGAGACCUGGCAACUGCCCUCGCAUCGCAGCGCCAGCGCUUGGAUGCGGCUUUGGGCAGCGAGGAAUCGCCUGGUGAAGGUGCCCUGCACAAAGAGGUGCGGCAGCUGUCGGAGUCGCUCGCCGCUUUGAGGGACCUGCAGCCCGGCUAUCCGGAGAUGGAGGCUGAGGUGCAGCGCCUGGCUGCAGUCAUGGAAGAGCUCCAGCGCCAGGUGGACACAGGCCUUCAGCUGCAGCAGGAGGUGGAGCGCGUCUCGGCUUCUCUGUCCGAGUUACGGGCAAAGGUCGAGGACAGAUCCGUGCCGGAAGAGGUCCGGCGCCUUGGGGAAGCGGUGGCAAGCCUCGAGCGGUCCAAGAGUGGGGGCUUGCAUCAGCAGGUUAGCAAGUUUGCGGAGUCCCUGGAGAACUUGCGCUUCCGUCAGGAUGACUUCCUGGUGCAACUGAAGGCCGCCAAGGCAGCACUACAAGAGCUGCCAGCACUGAAAGAGGAGCUGCGUGCCGGCCGCGAGGCCACCGACAACUUAGCGCAGAGCCACGCCAAGACAAAGGAGGCAACAUCGACGGAGCUGCACCAGCUGACCCAGCGCUUGGGUCUGCUGGAAGAGAAGAGGUUGAAGCAGCUUGGCAUGGACGUGCAGGCACUUCAGGGGGCACUAGUCCACAUUCAGACCGAGCUCCAGAAGGAGGUGGUGAUCCCAGACCACAUCCUCCGGGAUAUUGACGCGAAAUCUGAAGCCAGACAGGAAGCCAUGUGGGCUGAGCUGCACAAGCAUGCAGAGACUGCAGCACAUCGUGCAGACCAGCUGGAGCGCAGCCUCUCGAGCCGACUGGUGAGCUUGGAGCAUUCCACGAACGCGCUCCUGCAGAACGAGGCCCACUCCCGGGAGAUGGAGCGUGAGAUGGCGAAGCAGUCCGAGUGGUUCGCUUGGCGCAUCGCUUGGUUGGAAUGGACGGCCACCGGGGAAAAGCGAAGUUUCGCUCGCCCGCUGCUUCCGCCGCCUGCCACUCCAGCCGCGACCUGCUUCAAGCAGCCGAUGACGGAGGACUCUGAGCUCUGGGCGCAGGAGAAGACAGGUCAGCAGCGCUUGCGGCGCGCCCCGCUUCUCCGUCUUCCCUCGGCAGGCCCUGCCAACGCGCAGAGGCUGGCCCAGACCGAUGCGUCGGUCCGGACUUUAGCCACAUCUUCCUCUGCUCCAGAUUUGGUCGUCGGCCCUGGUACCGGAGGCGAGAAGAGUGUUCGCCUUCCUCAGAUGAGCUGA